AUGGAAAAAGGGGCCUCUGCCGAUCCGGCAGACGGCCUCGCUCCGCUCCUCGCCCUCCUCGGCCUCUCGUCGGUGCCAGACGAUCCUGCCGCCGUGACCAAGGCGUACAAGCGUGCGCUCCGCAAGCGGCCCUCCGCAGUGCACGAGCUGCGGCACGCUGCCGAGGCGUUGAAGACGGCCGAGUCGCGUGCCGCGUACCUCGAGGCUGCCGCUGCGCCUGCAGAGCCGGGUGCGCCGCUCGCCAUCGGGAGGUGGUCGCUCCCAAUCUCCUCGUGCGGAGCGCCUUCCCGUGCCAACGUCCCGGCGUAUGGCAGCGCCUCAGCCCGCGGCCGGCGGCCAACGAUGGAGGACGAAGUCUCGGUCGGAGCGCCGAUCUGCGGCGCGCACAUGUUUGCGCUGCUCUGCCCGAUCCACCGGCCGACCGAGCCGACCGAGGCGGCGCGGCUCGCGAAGGCUGGUGCAGAGGUGUCGUCGACGGGGCGGUGCGGCGGGCUCGCCGUCUCGCGCGCCUUUGGCGACGCCGAGCUCAAGGCGAGGCCGGCACACGCCCCCGGACACGUGUCGGGCACGUCCCGGUAG